AUGAAUAGAAAUAAAAGGAGGGUUGUCAGUUGUGGUGAGGAAGAUAAAAUCAGUAACUUGCCAGAACACUUGAUAGACUCGAUCUUAGAGCCGCUCCCGAUUGAAGAUGCUUUGGAACUGGAAAACUGUCUCUAUAAGCCGCCACUUGAGUUUAAUGGAUUUCUCAAUCUUGAAGAACUCCGUCUGGAGGAGGUUGAUUUUGGGACUAGCUUGUGUGGAAAUAAGAUCAACCUACCACAGCUUAAGAAGUUGUCCCUUUUUACGUGCAAAAAUGUUUACAAUUUCAACAUUAAGGCUAGAAAACUGCGGCAGUUGACUGUCAUUGCUUGUCCUGAUGCCUUGUUGCUCGGGUUAAUGGACAGUCCGUGUCUUACUUCGGUUUUCAUUUCUUCACAGAAUUACACACAGGAUUUUGUAGGAGUUGAAAAAAUGAAUUUGGCCACAAUGUUGAGUAACUUGCCCAGACUUGAAUACUUUUUUACCGACAGCAAUUUUAUGAUGUCUUUGGUUGCAGAAAAAAUUCCUAAAUUGCUUCCACGUGCGAUUAGUAGUUUAAAGUAUUUGUGGUUGCUCCGUUUUCAACUUGGUGAUUUGGAACAACUUCAUGCUGCUCUUUGUUUGCUUCGAAACUCGCUUCGAAACUCACCGAAUCUGGCAAAACUGACUGUUACGCACUCUAUGGAGCCUCGAGUUGACGUGGGACUUGCUUUAAAUCAUUUGGAAUCCCCAAACUGCUUGGAUUGUACAUUGGAUCAGUUGCAAACUGUUGAGAUGACACGUUUAGAAGGAUCAAAAGCGGAACUGCUUUUUAUAAAGCUUCUUCUUGCUCAUUCGCCUUCUCUCGACAAAUUGACAAUUACACCAAGUCAGAAAACUGAUGCUCAAAAAAGAUUUGAUAUUGCAAAAGAUGUUAUGUGGUUCCCUCGUGCCUCACCGAAAGCAAAAAUAUUAUACUUGAACCUGGAGACAUAA